UUAUAGAGUCAAGGCUGGCAAAAGAUGGAGGAGCUCCACCUGAUGGAUUCACUGAGGCUACUUUGCUGCUUCUACAGAGAGCCUGGAGUCUCAUGGAUGGCCUUUGAGAGGGACAGACUCACAGCCCAGCCCAAGUCAGCCAAGGUGGAGGAAGACCCUGGUUGUGCCUGGUACUGCUCAGCACAAAGAAUUGAUGGUAAGCAUCUGUUGUGAGGCAGAAGAUGGCUAAGAGGAAGGCAAGCGGAGGUGUUGACCUUCAAAGAUGUGGCUGUGGAGUUCACGAGGGAGGAGUGGCGCCUCUUGUCCCCUCCCCAGAAGGAGCUAUACAAGGAAGUGAUGCUGGAGAAUGCUGGGAACCUGCUCUCUGUGGAUUCGAUCAAGUGGCUUGUUCUGAGUCACCCACAUAAGAGCUGUUUGUCAAAAUGUAAACUGAAGCCUUCCUGCCACUAAUCCCAGGUCCUUGCCUUCUGCCCUUCUUGCUGCCUCUUAUUUCCAGAUAAUGGAACACUAUGGACUGAGUCCAGCCUUCUCUGAAGAAAAUGCACAGAACCUAACAUUAAGGUUCCAGAUUAGUUCCCUGAAUUUCUCUCUUCUCUUCUCACCACCCUAUAUGCUGUGAAGACUCUUCCUCCAGGAGGCUCCAUAAACUGCAGGCCCUGCUUGCCCUCAUCUAUCAUUGUCAAGAUGAAUGGACUGGCUCAGAGACAGCCUUUGACCUAACAGGGAUUGUGGAAUUCCCCAGGGGAGCAGGCAGGGUGAUAGGAGAAAAGCUGAUCCCUCAAGGUGUUAAUAUUAAAAUUAGUUUCUCUGCUAAAAGUAUUAUAUUUUAUGAGGUUUAUUAGAGCUUAAGAAAUAAAGAAAAUGUAAAAUAAGAAAGCACGGGCCUAGGUGCGCCAAAAGGCCCAUUCAAUUACUUUACAUCUUGAGAGAUGCCUGUGCUUGAAAGGGGAAGCAGGGAGCGAGAGUAGGCGGAGAGCCCCUUUAAAUAAUAAUUUGUGAUCUUGCACUCAGGUGAGAUUCAGGGAAAUUAUAGGGCAAUCUGGGAAGUUCCAAGGACUUCUGGGGAUUGAUGUCUGGGGUUCACAUCUCCAUUUUUACAUUAUCCGUUUGAUCGUUAUUGGGAAAAGUUUCCCCAAAAAGGGUCACGAAAACAUAAUUGACUUAAAGAUUACAAUAAUUUGAUGAUGAGAGGAAAAAAGAACAAAACCCAUAAUUGCUAGAAGUAUUGACAAAAAGCCAGUUAGGGGGAAGUCCCCUUUGGCAUGAAAGUAUACAUACAAAUAAAUGUUCAAUCAAUCACACCCAAAGUUCAUUCUUGAUCUUCUCAUGCAGCUUGUGGUCUGGAGGCAUCUUCAUGAUGUCUUCUCCAAACAGUUCAGUUUCUGGAUUCAGAGAGAUAUCAUGUUUCUUAACCUAAAAUUCUUCCCAAAAGGAAUUUAAACUUUGCAAUUUAAAAAAUAAUAAUAUUUCUACAUUUCCCCGUGAAGAGGGUAAUUGAAAAACACAGGAUCACUUAGGGAUGCAUGGCUGAGGUAUGAGGUAUAUGAAUCUAUUGGCAAGAGAAAUUAAAAAGACAUCAGAAAAAUCCAAAUUAAUAAAGGUAAUUUCUGUAUGAAAAUAUAGACUAUCAAAGUCUUAUGAAUAAAAAUUCUAAGUAAAGGAAAAGUAAUUCUAUAAUAGGUCCUUGAAUCAAGGCCCAAUUACAAUGAUCUAAGCAAUGAUGCAUUUACCCAGUCAGUAGCCAAGACAACAGAAAGUUUGCCACACUAUGAAGGACAGAAAAGGGACUAGAUUAUAGGAGCCAAGUUUGGGAUACUCGUAUGUAAGUAUUUUCAGAGUGAAUGUGGAUACAAGGAAGGCAUAUGUAUUAACAUAUGUUAAGUGGCGCAACCUUGAGUCUUCACACUAGGUUCAAAUCCUUUGUAUUGGCUUGGAAAUGCAUCUUUGGCCCUGUGUAAUGGCUCUUUUAUAUAUCUUGUCCUGGAAUCAGAAUCAUUAAGCAAAGUCCCACAAUUUUUUUAAACAAUUAGUGGCAUCAUUUUUACAGCCUGAAGCUUUGGGGGCAUGCAUUAGCAAAUGUAUUUUAAACUUAUAUUACUGCAAAAUCAAAAGGUUAAAAGAAGAUCUUAAUGCUGGUUGACAUGUGCUUCAAAUAUAAAAAGGAUAGGAAAAAAAUAAAAAACUAAAAUAGUAUAUUGCACAUGCAAGAAAAAUAUAAUAAGAGCUUUAAAAAUUAAAAUGUAGCUUAUAAUCAUUGGCACACUGUGUCCACCAAGAAAAUAUAGAAUACAAGGCUUUCUCAGCAAAAAUGAGAUCCAUUUCCUCCUCAUAUCUGGCCAUGAUCCUCUGUGAGUACAAGCAAAUGAAUUUCACAAGGUAACAGUUGAAUCAGUAUCCCCAAAAUUCUCAAUAGUCCAGUUAAUUACAAUAACAAACAAACCCACUGUCUUAUUUUACAUAAAUUGCUAUAUGGCUUUUUUAAAAGCCUAUGAACUGAUGGAUAUUUGUCACAAUUUUUACAAACAUAGCAAAUCUUUCAACCUUGGUAAACAUUUUUAAACAAAGUAAAACUUAUUUUGGUUCUAGAACAUCAUCAAGAAAUCUAGAUAUUGCAAAAAAUGUGUCAGAGGAGUCUAGGAAAAACCCAAACCUCUGUAAAGUGAGCUGAAGAGUAUAAAUAAGAGAUGCUCCCCUUUUUGGGGGGGUGGGGGAGGCUUCUAGGGGUAGUAUAUGCCUUGGGCUUAACUUCCCAACUUCCAUUCUCAUUCUUAUAAAUGCGGGAGUUGGGGUUUAUAAUUGUAUUUUACUUCGGCUACCAAAAUAGGCCUAACCUCUCGUGUUUGGGGCAGGCAAAAUGACCAGUGAUUGUUAGGAAAAAUUCUAAAAAAAAUCAUGUGUAAAGAAUCCUUAAAAUCACUUUGAGAUAUUUAGCUCAUUAAAUUUUCCAAAGGUUGUUAUAAGAACUUUCUGAUGGAGUCCAUCUAUCCUCUAUGUGACAAUUUACAAAGUCAAAAAUAGAAAAGCUGUUUUUAUAUGGGCUUAUUCAAUCAUGUUUGUUCAUUAUGGUUAUAGGGGAAAAGCAACAGAAUUUAACGGUAGUUAAAACCCAGUACAUUAAAAUGAUUCAGUGUCACAGAAUAGUAUUGAAUACAGUAAUAUAUGAACCUAAAAUCACAAAGUUAACCUUAAAAACAGUCAGCAAAAGGCAAUAGAAUGCAGAGAUUUUUAUAAAACACUGGAGUCUGAAAUGCCUUAAAAAUAUAAAGUUCCUUAGCUUUUUCAUCCAUUUAGAUGACUAUUGUCAGAAGAUUGGUAAGGGAUAGGCAAUGGGGGUUAAAUGAUCUGUCCAGGGCCACACCGCCAGGAAGUGUGUGAGGCCAGAUUUCACCUAAGAACCUCCCAUCUCUAGGCCUGGCUCUCAAUUCACUGAGCCACUGAACUGCCUUCCCAUAGUAAGGGUAGAUUUUAGGAAUCUCAAAUUUAGCUAAAGAGUUGCAGGGAGCUGAAUUUUUCCCCUGGCACUCAGGUGAAGUAAAUAAAAGGAUCAAUGUAGUCAAAAGAUAUCCUUUUAAAGUAGCCAUGCUUGUUUCUCCCUCCCCGUGAUCCCUGCCCCCAGUCCAUGUGGAGGCUAAUUGUAGCCUAUGGAAAAAACACCCCCGUUUUUUCCCAGCUGGUAGAAAUGAGUCUUGGGCCUGGGGCGAUGAGCAAUGUGCUCUGAGGCCAGAGUUGCUGGGCUAGGUGAGUGAGAGAUAGGCCAGGAGUCGAGGUGGGCAGCCAGAGCAGGAGCUGUCUGAAUCAAACAGGUCAGGAUUGCAGGCAGGCAGAAGUAGGCAGCAGGAGCCAAGCAGAGCUGGGCCAAGGGCUGGGACUAGGUGAGCGAUAUUGAAUCAAGAAAGUCCGAAAUGGAUUGCUGCAGGUAGGAGCUGAUCAAGAUGGUUUUCUAAAAAAGCAUCUUAGAGAAACGUGGUUUAGAAAUCAUUAUCUAGGCUAAAAAUUUUGAAAAGUUCUCAUCCAAUCUAGUGGUUGCCAUAACUGUUUAGAGUAAAAUUAGUUUCUCUGCUAAAAGUAUUAUAUUUUAUGAGGUUUAUUAAAGAUUAAGAAAUAAAGAAAAUACAAAAUAAGAAAGCACAUGCCUAGAAGGGCCGAAAGGCCUAUUCAAUUUUCACUUACUCUACAUCUUGAGUGUGCUUGGAAGCGGAAGCAGGGAGCGAGAAUAGGCGGAGAGCCCCUUUAAAUAAUAAUUUGUGAUCUUGCACUCAGGUGAGAUUCAGGGAGAUUAUAGGGCAAUCUGGGAAGUUCCAAGGCCUUCUGGGAAUUGAAGUCCAGGUUCAAAUCUCUAUUUUUACAAAGGUCCUUGUGUCUGAGGCUUUAGACUAACCCAGAAUAAUGACCCUCAGACCGAGUUUGGGAGUUUAGGAGGUUCUGCCAAAAUGGACUAGCACAGGAUGGGGGAGCAAGGCUGUUGAUCAUUUGAGGUCCCCCCAGAAGAGUAACAGGAACAUCCUAUGCUGGGAUCCUGCAUUAUAGACACUAAUGGGUGAGGUCAGACUCCUUUGGGAACCCCAUGGACAGAGUUUCUGAGUGGAGUCACUGGAUUCCCCAAACUCUCCCUAAAGAGAAUUCAGUGACAAGAUUCUCUGUCCGCCUCCUUGACUCACUCUCCCUUGCUCAGGGCUUCCAGCACCGUCAGAAGACAUUCUAUCUUAUUUGGAGCAGAGGGAAGCCCCAUGGAUGCUGGAGCAAGAAGACUUGAGGAGCUUCUGCCCAGGAGAGAUCAUACCUGAAAUGAAGGUGAAUCCAACAGAGGUGAGCCCUCCUGUGGAAGAAAUGGACCUACAAAGAUUCAUGAGUGUUAGUCCCAAUAACUUUGCUUCCAGAGAAUUCUGUGUUGCUUCUCAACAUUCAUCUUGUAUUGAACAUCAAAGAAUGCACACUGAAGAACAAUCUAGUGAAAGUAAUCAGUAUGGAAAGAAUUUUAUGCACCGGGCCAGUCUUGCUCAACAUCACAGUAUUCACACUGGGGAGAAACCUUAUGAAUGCAAGCUAUGUGGAAAGUCAUUCAGUCGUAGCUCCUAUCUUGUUAAACAUCAAAGAAGGCACACUGGGGAGAAACCUUACGAAUGUAAGCAAUGUGGAAAGACAUUCAGUCAGAGCUCCAGUCUUGCUGAACAUCAGAGAAGGCACACUGGGGAGAAACCUUAUGAAUGUAAGCAGUGUGGAAAGACAUUCAGUCAGAAGUCCAAUCUUGCUUACCAUCAGAGAAGGCACACUGGGGAAAAACCUUAUGAAUGUAAGCAGUGUGGAAAGACAUUCAUUAAGAGCUCCUGUCUUGCUGUACAUCAGAGAAUACACACUGGUGAGAAACCUUAUGAAUGUAAGCAGUGUGGGAAAACAUUUUAUCAGAGCUCCAGUCUUGCUUUACAUCAGAGAAGGCACACAGGGGAGAAACCUUAUGAAUGUAAGCAGUGUGGAAAAACAUUCAUUCAGAAAUCUUUGCUUGCUUACCAUCAGAGAAGACACACUGGGGAGAAACCUUAUGAAUGCAAGCAGUGUGGAAAGACAUUCAGUCAGAGAUUCAGUCUUGCUUACCAUCAGAGAAUACACACUGGGGAGAAACCUUAUGAAUGUAAGCAGUGUGGAAAGACAUUCAUUAAGAGCUCCUAUCUUGCUAAACAUCAGAGAGUACACACUGGGGAGCGACCUUAUGAAUGUAAGCAGUGUGGAAAAACAUUCAAACAGAGCUCCAGUCUUGCUGAACAUCAGAGAAGGCACACUGGGGAGAAACCUUAUGCAUGUAAGCAGUGUGGAAAGAUAUUCAGUCGUAUCUAUAGUCUUGCUGUACAUCAGAGAAUACACACUGGGGAGAAACCUUACAAAUGCAAGCAAUGCGGAAAGUCAUUCAGUAGAAGCUCCAAUCUUUCUCGACACCAGAUUAUUCACACUAGGGAGAAACUAUGAAUGUAAGAAAUGCAGAAAGAUGUUCACAUUGCAGCUCCAGUCUUGCUAUUGUGUGAAGGAAAUUCCCCUUUCUCCCUUUCUGGGGCAGCAGUAAUCAAAAGAUAACAAAUGAUGUCAAUUUCAAGUAUGAAAUAAAAUUAUUGGCAUUCCGA